AUGGCGGGCAGGCACCAGGUGCAAGUGGAGAGCAACCAAACGGACAACCGGCAGGAGGAGGUGGAGGAGGUGGAUGUAGCAGAGAAGGAAGGCGGCGGCCGCUUCGACUUUGACGACGGCGGCACGUACUGCGGCCGCUGGGCCGAGGGCAAGGCCCACGGGCCGGGCGUGUGCACGGGGCCGCGGGGCCGCGGGGAGUUUGCGGGCAGCUGGCGCCGCGGCUACGAGCGCCGCGGCGUCUACACGUGGCCCGGCGGCGACGCCUACGAGGGCCGCUGGCUCCUGGGCAAGCGCCACGGCCUCGGCGCCGAGACCAAGGGCCGCCGCCGCUAUCACGGCGAGUGGGCGCACGGCUUCAAGGGACGCUACGGCGAGAGUCGCAGUCUCGCCGGCGGCGGCGCGGUGUACCUGGGCACCUGGGCCCACGGAGUUCAGGAUGGGUACGGCACCGAGACAUAUCCUGAUGGAGGCGUCUACCAGGGCCAGUGGGUGGGCGGCGUGCGCCAGGGCUACGGCGUGCGCCGCAGCGCCCCCUACGCCGGCGCCGCCGUCAUCCGCUCCCCGUUCCGCACCUCCCUCGCCUCCCUGCGCAGCGACCCGGACAACGCCGGCCUCGCUCCGCCGGCCUCGCGCCACCGGCCCCGGGGCCGCCGCGGCCGCGAGGGCGCGGCCAAGGGCGCGGCCAAGGGCGCGGCCAAGGGCGUGGCCAAGGGCGGCUUCGUGCUGACGCCGAUGCCCGACGGCCCCGCCAAGAAGCGCGGCCUCUUCCGCCGCCCGUCGCUGCCCGGCGGCCUCAAGCCGCGGCGGCGGGCCGACUCGGCGGGCGAGCGGCCGCGGCGCGCGGCGGCGAGGCCGGAGGCGGGCCGCCCGGCGGGCGACGCGACCGAGUGGUACGCGGGCGAGUGGCGCGGAGACCGGCGCGGCGGGCACGGCGUGGCGCUCCGCUCGGACGGCGCUCGCUACGCGGGGCAGUGGCUGUGCAACCGGCGGCACGGCUACGGCGCGACCCGCCACCCCGACGGCACGCGGGAGGAGGGGAAGUACCGCUCGGGGGCCCUGGUGCGCGGCGUGAGCGACGCCGGGGGCCGCGGCCGCGCCGCCCGGCGCGGGGGCGGCCUCCUGGCGGCGCUGCGGUUGGGCAAGCUGAGGGGCAAGGUGGCACGAGCCACCGGCGAGGCGGAGGCCGCCGCGGCCGCCGCGCAGCAGAAGGCCGAGAUCGCCGUGGCGAGCCCCCUCACGCCUCCCCCCAGGGCUGAACACGCGAGGUUACGCAGCGAGGCGGCGGCGGUGGUCGCCCGUGCAGCCAGGGACGACGCUCGCACGGCGAGACGCGUGGCACGCCGACUCUCACCGGGGUUCAGCCAGCCCGGGCUGGACUACCAGCACCGGCGCCGAUUGCGGGAGAGCGCCGACAGCGAGCUGGGCGGGCCGGCCUGCACCGCCGCCGCCACCACCACCACCACCGACCCGCCCACCUCGGACGCCACUCCCGGUGGGGACAGCCCUGCCCCCAGCCCCCCACCGUCACCGCAACAACAACAACGACCGCAACAACAACAACAGCCACCACCGCAGUCGCAACAACAACCGGCGGUCGGCAACAGCGUGGAUGGUGGUGGCGGUGGUGGCGGUAGCGGCGCCGGCAACCGCACGUUGUGCGGUUGCCGUGGUGAGAGGGACGGACCGCGGGCGGAAGCGGUGAGGACGGCGAUGGUGGUGGGCACGGUUGGCACGGUGGGGAUGACCACGGUGGGCACGGUGAGGACGGUGAGGACGGUGGGCACGGUGGGCACGGUGAGGACGGUGGGCACGGUGGGCACGGUGGGCACGACCGUGGUGGGCACGGUGAGGACGGUGGGCACGGUGGGCACAGCGGCUGAGUCCACCCAGAGGAGGGAGAGGCACAACGGCCGUGAGCGGGAGAUGCAGAUCCGGCGCUGCAAGGGGAGAGCCGGACUCUGGACCAGGGACCAGGGAGUCGCGGGGUCAGCCAGCCCCUCCCCCAGGUCCCAGCCGGAGGGCGACCGGCAACGGGUGACCGGAGUUCGGUCCCCGGGUACUUCGGUGGCGACAGAGCCCCAGGUGAAGGAGGUCGGCGCUCCGCCGCCCGGCUGCCCGCCGGACGACUCGGCGACGACCCCCGACCCCCCGGCGACGACCCCUGACCCCUCGGCGACGACCCCCGACCCCUCGGCGACGACCCCCGACCCCUCGGCGACGACCCCCGACCCCCCGGCGACGUGCUGCUGCCCCGUGGACAACGCGGCGACCACGGCGACCACAGGGACCACGGUUACCACGGCGACCACGGGGACCACGGUUACCACGGCGACCACGGGGACCACGGUUACCACGGCGACCACGGGGACCACGGCAACGUCACUGCCACCGCCGGUCGGGGGGGAGGAGGAGCAGCACCAGCAGCUGUUGCUUCUGGAGCUGCAGGAGCACCAGCAGCACCAGCAGCAGUUGCAGCAGCGAGGGGCGGUGCUCCAGGCGAAGUCGCGAGCCUCACAACGCAGGCGCCUCGUGCGGCAGGCCGAGGUGGCCCUGGCCGACGGCGAUGGCGGCGGCGGCGGUGGCGACGCCAAGAACGCCGUGCUGGUGGUGGACGAGGUGCUGGUGGAUGAGGUGCUGGUGGUGGACGAAGAAGAGGUGGACGAGGUGCUGGUGGACGAGGUGCUGGUGGACGAAGAAGAGGUGGACGAGGUGCUGGUGGUGGACGAGGUGCUGGUGGUGGACGAAGAAGAGGUGGACGAAGUGGUGGUGGUGGACGAGAUGGUGGACGAGGUGGCUGGGGGAGCGGUGGUGUAG